UGCUCUACUGCAUACUGGAUGUGUACUUAAACUAAAUAUCUAGCCCUCUUCACGAGUCUUCACCUCCGCUGGAGGAAUUGCUUUGCAGUGAAUCAUAAUAAUGGAUUAGGGACAGGUUUCUUUCAGAACAAGGACCACCUUUACCUGGGUCCACCGAUGGGGAGGGUUGCGGUGGGACACCUGGUUCUCCUGAUGUCUCUCCUGCUCUGCUCCUCUGGACGACUUCGAGGAGCCUCGUUCUACGGAGACGGUUUCAUCCACCUGCAGACCGAGGAGCUCUCAAACCGCAACUACCUCCACCUGCGCUUCAGGACCGCCAGCCAAUCAGGACUGCUGUUCCUGGCGUCAGGGGGCGGGGACUUCCUCCUGCUGGAGAUCAUCUCUGGACGCCUGCAGGUGCGUGUGGACCUGGGCUCAGGGGAGCGCACCCUGCGCUCGUUGGGGGGGCUCCACCUCAGCGACCUGGCCUGGCACCGGGUGGAGCUCACCCACCUGCUCCACAAUGUCAGCAUGACGGUGGACCAGCAUUCCCACACCUCGGCCACCCUGCCGGGGGGGGGGAACCCAGAGCUCAGCGUCCGCCAGGGGGUCUUCGUGGGCGGGACGCCGGGGCAGCAGCACCCCCUGGUCUGGUCGUCCCCGCGGUUCAGAGGGUGCAUGGAAGACGUGGUGUUCAACAAGCACCACCUGCUGGCCAGCCUGCGCUCGGAGCCGGGCCACCGGACAGUUCAGCGCGUGUCCCGGGGCUGCAGCCCUCAGUUCUGGGCCUGGGAGGACGACCCCGUCAGCUUCUCCAGCUCCCAGUCCUUCCUCCGGCUGCCCCCCUGGCAGGUGUCCCAGGAGGGGGAGCUGGAGCUCCAAAUACGGCCCUCCGCCACGGCCCACGACGGUACGGUCCUGUACUCCUCUGCUCUCCGGGGAGGCUUUGUCGCCAUGGAGAUCCGAGACGCUCGCCUGGUCGCCAUGGUGAGGAGUAACAGCGGAGGCAGCGGGACGGAGGUGCAAGCCGGCACCCGUCUCCAAGGCAACAAGAGCAUGUGGUACGCGGUGAGGCUGCGCCUGGCGCCCCACGGGAUACAGCUCUGGGUGGGGCAGGAGGUGGUGGAGGCCGCUCUGGAUGUGGAGGGCCCCGCGGUCAGGCCCACGGGGCCGCUCUACCUGGGGGGCCGGGAUGAGGCCGAGGCGAGCCCAGCAGGGGCGUGGGGCUCCUCCGGCAGUCCGCAGCCAGGGGGUUCCUUCAGAGGCUGUCUGAGGGACGUCCGGGUGAACGGCCAGCGCCUCGGCCUGCCGCAAGCCAGCGUCACCAGGGACGUCUCAGUGGGCUGUGGGGGGCGGGGCCAGCCCCCUGACACAGAGACCAGCCCUGACCUGAUGGAACUGCUGAAUACAGAUGCCGACGCUGAACAGCCAAUGGGCUCAGGCCGUGGGCAGGGACAGAUGAAGAGCUCAUCCAGCUUCCUGUCACUGGAAGAGCUGGAGGUGGAGGAGGGGGGGGGCGCCCGGCUGGAGCCCAAACACAUUCAGGUGAACCUUGACUUCCGGAGCAUGGACCUCAACCCGUCCCAGCUGAUGUUCCGCUUGGAGGAGCAGCCGCUCCACGGCCGCCUCCGCCUGGACCCCGGGGAGGAGGGGGAGGGGGGGGCCGUGUCGGGGGGCGAGGAGGAGGCAGCGGGCCAGACCUUCAGCAUGCUGGACGUGUGGCAGGGCCGCGUCCUGUACGUCCACUCGGGCUCUGAGGAGCCGUGGGACGUCCUGGUGUUCUCUGUGUUCUCCUCCUCGGUCAGGCUGCAGGAGCUGGCGGAGGUCUCUAGGGGGAAGGGCCGCGUGCUGCACCGCCUCCCCGUGGCGGUCCGCCCCGUCAACGACGCGCCCCAGCUCAGCCUGCCGGCCGGGAACCUCCUCACCCUGCUGGAGCGCUCCAGACGCAAGCUGACCAACGACAUGCUGAGGGUGCUGGACCCUGACAGUCGUCCGGAGGAUAUGACUUUCAGCUGCUUUGGAGCCCUGAGCAACCAGGCUGGACACCUAGAGCAUCAGGACCACCCCGGCAGACCCAUCAGCUCCUUCUCCUGGGUGGAUCUUAAGGAGGGAAAGGUCAGCUUCGUCCACACAGGGGCCCCCAUGUCGAGGCUGGCCCUCAGGGUCAGUGACGGAGAGAAGGUGAGCAACACAGGGGUGUUGAGGGUGAUGGCCGUGUCUCUGGAGCACCAGCUGGUCAACAACACGGGCUUGGAGGUGGACCAGGGCGGUAGCACAAUCAUCACAGCCAGCCACCUGGCGGUGCAGCUCAACGUGGCCCACCAGGGGGUGGAGAUCCGCUACGACGUCACAGAGGCGCCUUGCUACGGCCAGCUCCAGCGCCUCCACUCCAACGGCGAGUGGAAGGCCACCGGCUCCUUCUCUCAGAAGCUGGUGGAGAAGGAGCGGCUCCGCUACCUCAACACCCACCGCGGCCUGCAGGCCCAGCGGAACGCCACAGACCGCUUUGCCUGCAACGUCACCGUGGGAUCCAUAGCGACCAACGCCAAGGAGGCCGUCGUCGUCCCCAUAGCGAUACGGUGGAUCCAUUUCAAGGUCACACAAAGCAGGAUGGAGGUCGCGGGGGUCCAGAGGUCUGCCCUGACCUCAGAGGACCUCCACGCUGUUUCCAGGGGAGUCAAACUCCAGGACAGCCACGUGUUCUUCAGGCUCCUUGCGCCGCCAAAAAAAGGUCUGCUGCUCUUCAACCAGCAGGUCCUCAAAAUGAGCUCCACCUUCAGCCAGAAGAACGUCAGCGAUGGCCUGGUCCACUACCAGCUGCUGGCUGCGCGUCCGGAGGACACCAGAGACUCCUUCAGCUUCCAGGUGUUCUCUUCGCAGGCCAACUCAAGCAGCCGUGACUUCAGAGUCAGCAUCAAGGCGGAGGUGGCGACCAGCAUCUCGGUGGUGAACAGAGGGCUGUCCGUCCUGGAGGGGGACAGCAAGGUCAUCACCAUGGAGAUGCUCUUCACCCACACGGCGGCCGACCGGGCGGUCCGCUACGUGGUCACGACCGGCCCGAGACACGGCCGACUCCGGCGAAUCGACGUGUCCAACUCCACCGCCAACGACGACAACAUCGGCACCUUCACCAACCAGGACAUCACCGCCCAGCGGUUGCUGUACUUCCACGACGACAGCGAGACGCAGCACGACGCGUUCGUGUUCAGCAUCAAUGUUUACAGGCCGCAGAGGCCGCAUAAAGCAUCGGCGAGGAAGGACGACCAGCACACCUUCAACAUCUCUGUGCAGCUCGUCAAUGACCAGCGCCCUGUCAGGGUGGUCGAUAAGGUUUUCCAAGUGGCACGCGAGGGCCAGAGGCUGCUGACGGCAGAUGUCCUGCGUUACAGCGACGACGACUCAGACUUUGAAGACGGGCGGCUGGUGUACACGCGGCGCGGCAUUCCGAUGGGGGAGCUGGUGUCUUCCAACGACACCGCACACAGUCUUUACCAGUUCACCCAGCAAGACCUCCAGCAGAACAAGGUUCUGUUCAUCCAUCGGGGAGUGAGUUUUGGUCGUUUCGUUCUCUUUGUUACCGACGGAAAACACUACGUUUCAACACUGCUCGAGGUGAAGGCGGAGGACCCCUACCUGCAGGUGGACAGCAACACAGGGCUCUGGGUGGAGCGGGGCGGGGUCGCGACCCUGACCUCCGCCAACCUCAGUGUCCUCACCAACCUGGACGUCAGAACGCCGGGGGAGGUGACCUACAAGGUCUACAUCCCGCCCACACACGGGGUCCUCCUCCUCACAGACCCCAAGCAUCAGGAGGUUACCACGGCAACCGGCAGCGUCUCCACCUUCACCCAGCAGGACCUGAGUGCCGGCCUGCUGGUCUAUCGUCAUGACAACAGCCUCCAGCUGUCUGACGGCUUUAACAUGACGGCCAGGGUGAGGGAGCGAGGAGGGGAGGAGGGGAAGGGGACGGCGGGGGAGGGGGGGCUGACGGAACGAGGGGGCAGAGAGGUGCACCUGGACGUCGGGGUGGUGGUGAGGGUGUACCUGGAGAGCCACCAGAGACCCCCCACCGUGCUGACACACCGUCCCCUGGUGGUGGAGGAGGGCAGCACAGCCUCCGUCAGCAGGGACCUUCUGGAGGUGACCCACGAGGACAGCCCGGCGUCAGGGAUCGUGUUCUCCAUCCAGAGGCCUCCCUCGCUGGGCUCCCUCCUGAAGACCCCCGGAGACCAGACGGAGCACAAUCUGCUCCACCACCGACACCACCAGGGCGACAUACAGCAUCCAAUCACAUCUUUCAGCCAGGAAGACCUCAACCGGGGGAGGGUCUCCUACAGACAUGAAGUCACAGGGGGCACAAAUGACUCUCUCCUAUUGGCCGCCACCAAUGGCGUGACCGAGGUUGGACCAAUCACAGUGGAGAUUGAUGUAAUCCCCAAGCUCCUCCCACUUCAGGUGUUGGGGAUGACCCUGGAAGAGGGCUCCACCAAACCUCUGACCCCUGAUGUCAUAAGGGUGACCAACCACCACUUCCGAGGGAUGAACUUCCUGUAUGAGGUCAUCGCAGCGCCGCGGCACGGACACCUGGAGCACAGCAGGAUCCCUGGAAUGCCAAUCAGCGCCUUCACACAGACUGAGUUGGAGCGAGAGUAUAUAUUCUACAUCCAUGAUGGCAGCGACACGUUGAGUGACAGCUUCACCAUCAGAGCCAAUCAGACGGAGAGCAGGAAGCACAGUGGGCGGGCCAACGUCUCCAUCACUAUCACACCCAUCAACGACCAAACCCCCACCGUCACCGCUAACAAGAUGCUCAAGGUGUGGGUGGGCUCCGUGACGGAGGUGACGGAGGAGGAGCUGAGUGCAGAGGACCAGGACACAGGCCCAGAGGGGCUGGAGUUCCAGGUCACGCCCCCCAGCAACGGACACCUGGCCCUGAGGACCGCCCCAUCCAGGAGCAUCCUCACCUUCACCCAAAGGGACAUCCACAGCCGACAGCUGCUGUUCAUACACAGAGGCGCGCUGUCCGGGGGAUUCCACUUCCAGGUCAAUGAUGGGGUGAACUUUUCCCCCCAGAUCUUCAGCACAGUCGCUCGCUCCCGUCUGCUCAGCCUGCACAAGAACCAGCCCCUGGAGGUGUACCCAGGCUCCGUGACGACAGUCUCCAAGGAAGUGCUUCAGGUGGUAACCGAUAACGACGGUGACAUCACGAGAAGCCAUUCUGCUGUGUUCACGGUGACCACGCCCCCCAAACUGGGGCGCCUGGUGGAGCGGAUCGCCGACAACUCCAGCCGGCCGGUGUCCUCAUUCACCCAGGGCAUGGUGAACGCUGGAGUGAUCCUGUACGACCAGAACCUUCCAGAAGCGGUGGGCGGGUCAGCGGAGGACGCCUUCCUCUUCACCGUCUCCGCCCCGCCCGCUUCCCUCCCACCACACACCUUCACCAUCCUCAUCACCGCACACACACAUAGGCACAACACCAUACACAGCACUGACAGGGUUGAAAAUGCUGGUGCUCUGGUGGAGGAGGGGGGUAAGGUUAUGAUUGACAGGUACAAGUUGGACGCCUCUAACCUCAUGGGGAGAGUUCCAGAACCCUGUCGUCAUGGUCACCGGGUGCUGUACCAUGUGAUCGCCUUGCCCCGCCAUGGGAUGCUUUCUAUUGGAGGACAGAAUCUCAGCAAGGAACAUCUGAUCUUCUCCCAGAAGUCUCUGGAAACGCACGGCGUUGCUUACGUCCAUGACAACUCAGACACCAUCAACGACGGUUUCGUCUUCCGAGCCUGGGUCGCGUCUUCGGAAAAACUCUCUUCUUCCACACCUCCCUGCUCCUCCUCCUCAUCGUUGUCAUCAUCAUCGACCUCUUCAUGGUCACCGUCCCCGCUCCCAGAGCCGUUGUCUCUCUCCUCCGUUGCCAGGCCUCCUCAGCGGCGCUCGGAGGACCCCGUGGAGGUGAUGGAGAGGUUCAGCAUAUCGGUGAAGCCUGUCAACGACCAGCCCCCCCUCCUCAGGACCAGCGCCCCGGGGGUCCAGGUGGUGGUGGGGGAGACCAUCACCCUGGGGCCAGAGAACCUUCAGGUGGACGACCAGGACACCCCUCCAGAGGAGCUGCACUACAGCGUGAUCCGCAAGCCCAGCAACGGGUACCUGACCCUGGGGGAGAGGCCAGAGGCGGUGGCGUCCUUCACCCAGUAUGACGUCAACCACGGGCGGCUGCAUUUCGUCCAGCAGGGGGAGCCCUCCACUGGCGUGUUCUACUUCAACGUGACCGACGGAUACCACCGGCCGCUUUAUAAGAUCUUCAGUCUGGAGGUCACCAAGGCCACCAUCUCCAUGGUGAACAACACCGGCCUCUCAUUGGUUCAAAGCAGAACCGCCGUGGUUCUCACCACCACUCAGCUGGCUGCCCAAACAAAUGGCCGUCGCCCCGGCAACAUCACCUACACCGUCACGACGCACCCUCGCCACGGACGCAUCGCCAUCAACGACCUUGAGGUGGUCGCCUUCCGACACGAGGACCUACGGUUGGGUCGGGUGGUGUAUCACAUGACCGAGCUCAGCGAAUCAAAGGACAGCUUUAAGUUGUCAGUGUCAGCGUCCUCCUCCCCCGGCGUGGUGUACAGGGACCUGACGGAGCAGGUGGUGAGCGUGACGGUGCGGCCGCUGGUCUUCCUGAGGGAGGAGGUGCGCGUGCCCAGCGGGGUGGCGGUCAAGCUGUCCAAGGCCAUGAUGGACGCUUCAGAGCUGGCCAGGGUCAGCCGGGCCGACCCCGUCUUCCACGUCCUCACUCCGCCCAAGCACGGCCGACUGGUGAAGGUGACCUAUGACCUGGACCACACCUCGGAGGUCCUGACGACGUUCACCUUCCGGGACGUUGUACAGGGCCGCGUGGCCAUCCAGGAGACGCUCAGCGACGACCUCCCUCUCCAAAACGGGUCGACUGGGAUCCCCCCGCGAGGCCACGCCCCCGCCACGCCCCGCAACGACUCCUUCACCUUCCUUGUGCGGGCGGGCCAGGUGCAGCCGGCCGUUGGGGAGCUGCACUUCACCAUCCUGCCCCACCACCACAUGCAUCACAGCGGCCCUAAGAAGGACCACGCGGGGGCAAACAAAACCACCUCCUUCAGGGAAGGCCGGGGGAGGGGCAGAGAAGGAGGAGCUACCACGACCCACACGAAGCCCAGUGUGCCCUCCGACACUCACAUCCUGUCCCACAGAGCCCACAACCGGACGCUCCACAACAAGACCAGGGCCCACCACCACCACCACCGCGGGGCCAACCACACCCGGGCUGCAGGUGAAACGGGGAGGUCGGGGGGGGAUGUGUUGAGGGAUGGAGGUGCAGGCGGAAAGAAACACGCUCCACCCCCCGACAGCCACCCUCCGGUACAGAGGAGCCCCGGCCUGGCACGCGGUCCUCCUCCCAACCUCCAUCCGGUGCAGAUGGAGGUCCUCCCCCAGCCCGCCUCCGACCCCCUGCUGCUCAUCCUUCCACUGCUGGCCUGCCUGCUGCUCAUUGUCAUCCUGGUGGUGCUGUGCCGCGUGUUCAGGCACCGCAGAGAGAAGCGGGCCCGAAUCCGCCUCCUCCAGGAGCUGGCGGCUGUAGCGCUGCCCAUGGACGGCAGCCCAUACUUGGGCCGACCGGAGCGCAGCCCUGCCAUGCCCUCGGUGGUGGUGACCCCCAUGGUCCCCCGGAGCUGCCCCAGCUCCCCGGUGGUUGCCCAGUUCCCCAGGAGGAGGAGCCUGGCCCCUAGCAUCAUGCUGAGCGGCCGGCAGGAGACCAACAUGGGGGCUAGUGGUGGUAGGAUGGGAGAUCUCGGAGGUCCUGGAGGUCACCCAAGUGGAGUUACCUCUGGUACCCCCAGCGUUGGGAGGGUGAGGGUCUGUCAGAUACCCAGAAGCCCUGCACCCUCUCUGAAGUACAAUCAGUACUGGGUAUGACAACAUAACUUAGAACUCAGUGGAAUAAAUACUUACGGCACAACAGUCGAAUUACUGGAACAUGUUCAUGUAUAUUUAACUGAAGUGGAACUUGAAUACAUUUUUGGCAAGUACUCUUGGAGGUCAUUCAGUUUUUCAAAUUUUUUGCUAAUGGAAUUGUUUUUUUGGUCAACUGUCAAAGCUAGAAAAUAGAUUGCAAAUUGGGAAUGGAAUAGCAUGUUUUAUAUCGCACAUUGCAAAGCAGAAUUACAAACAUUUUCAUACCAAAGCAAAUGCAUUCAUUACUCAUUAUUUGUUAAACAGAGUAUCACUUCACCAUAAUGCAAUUUAAUGCAAUGACACCAGCACAGACUUCAAUGUGUGCAUCAAAUGUUUAAAGUAUGAUUUGGUCUUUAAAGAGGUUUAUAGUCCUCAUGUGGUCGUGAUAACGCCUAUUGGGGUGAAUCACCAAAUCCUCCUCCUCUCAGCGAAUAUCUUCCUGGUUAGAUCAGUAAAUAUGAGAUCAUAUGUGAUUGCCCCCAAGGGUGUGUUUCGGAGCACACAAGCAGCUAGAAGGGAAUACAUGGUAUAUUGACUGUUCUAUCUCUAUAAUACAAACAGUUCCCAUCCAAUGAGGACAUUGCAUUUGAAUAACUAAUGCAGUUUUCCAUUUUUAAGGGCAUUAUUAAAAUGCAUUCUGUGUGCUUUCCUUUUGUUUUGAUUGUUGACAGAAUUUUAAUGUUGAUAGAUGGCUCCUGGAGUGAUUUCUAAAGGAGGAAACAUUUGUACACGACCUGUCCUGUCUUGCCUUAAUUUAAAUACAGUGUAAAACCAUGGAUGUGAUAGUACUGGUCAAAUGAUUUAAGUAACUUCAACACUGGUUAUAGGGACUGCAAUGUAGAUACUAACUGCAUUAGGAUGGAUAUAGUGACAAAUGCUGUGUGUUUCAUCAAAAAAGCCUUCCACAGAAUGAACAGCAAGUUGUUGAUAGGUUUCAAGUAUAACUUCCAGUCUCUACACUGUUACUUUCUACUCCCCCUUCAUUCAGUUUUUAUCAUUUUGCCAUUUAUGUAAUUGAUCGGAUAUAUAGAAUCAAAUUAGGUUCACAGUGAGCGUUUGUGAUAUUUCAAUAUGUUUGAGGAAUGUAGAUUUAACAUGAUUAACAACUCCGAAUAUAUUUGAUAAUUCUACUAUUUGGUUGUUGGAUAUUGAUUUUCUGUAUAAAUUCUUAUUGAUUAAUGUCUCAAUUUUGAGACGUAGACUGUAACCCAGUUCAUUUUUCUUUUUUUUAACUAAAAUUUCAUUCAGUAGCUUUUACAGAUGAUUUUUUUUAA